AUGGCAACGACACAGCUUGCCGUAAAGGGCUGGGGAAACAGCAAAAUAGCUACCUCCUCCCAAGAUCAAGGCCUCGAUGCACUUCUUGCCUUUCUGGAAAGAAAGUCCAGCCGACAGAUCCUAUCGAACAAGUUGGUUGGGCGUUCUGUACUCAUCAUUACGAUCAACGAAGCCGACAAGAGCCGUUUUACACAUUUGAACGGCUUUUCCUUUUCAGGCUCCUCCCUUAUUGUCGAAGACGCCCGGCCUCCACGGAAUGCACCAUCUCAAAGCAUUCAGUCACCUCAAAACACAUCAUUUGGCAGCAGAGUCUCACAACCGUCUCGCCCUCAAUUUCAGAACGGCUUCUCACAACCGCCCCCCGGCCCACGAGGCCACUUCUCCAAUCAAUCAUCUCAGCCACCUUCCGGGCCACGAGGGCCCGGUCGAACCUAUCAGCAACCCAAUACGAGAGACACACGUCGAACCAAUGGCUCCGUGACAUCUGAUGUCGAAAAUAUCAUCAUCUCGGUAAUCCACAAGAGAUACCACGCCGGAGACAAACACCUCAUUCUCAAUCUGCUGGGCGAAGAACCCGACUUUAUCAACGCCGGUCUCGUCAGCGAACCAACGAAGCUCUACAAAGCCAUUUUCGCUCUCUGCGAAAGCAAAAUUUGGGAAACAUUACCAAAACGGAAAGAAGCAGUGCUGAGCGUCAGUCUUCGAGACAAUUCUAUUCAGACUAUCCACGACACAUUGCCUCUGGCAAAUGCCUUUCCUCACAUUCAAAACCUCGACCUUGCAAACAACGCCCUACAAGACCUAGAACCUCUCAAGUUCAGAAAGAACCAAUUAUCAUCUCUUCAACACAUCAUACUUAGCGGCAAUCCUGUCGCUAGUAAACCGGACACUCUAAGCACCCUCCUCAAGCUGUACCCGAACCUCAAAUUCUACAACAACGAACCUAUACAAAAUGCAACUGACGUCGACAUACAGCCGCAACAGCCAGCCUUCGGUGGUGGUGCCGUACAACCAAUCCAACCUCAGCCACAGCUUGGCCCUGAGCCUACUCUGGCGCACCCAGAAUUCCCUCCUGGGUCAACUUUUGGCAUCGCCACCCCAGACAAGCCUGCCGAGGUACUUCUCAAAGAGCAAAUGGGACUUCAAUUCAGCUUCGAGACAAAACUCAAAAUGCAGUGGGUCGAAAACUGCCUAUCUGCGAACAACUGGGACUACCAGACAGCCAUGGCGAACUUCGCCCAACUCAAGGCACAGGGUCAAAUUCCUGCCGAUGCGUACAUUGCGGGGGUGUAG